AAGAAGGUCGGUGGAAGUGAAACAAGAGUGAAGUGUGGCGGGAGAAAAGAAGGUCGGUGGAAGUGGAUAAAGGAUCGAAGGAAAGCAGUGCAAGUGGCCCUGGGCCAGAAGAGUGCCAGAGGUGGCCGGAAGGCAGCGGGAGCGGAGCUCAAGCCUGAGGGUGUUUGGAAAUUGGAAGAAUUGGUGGCAGACGAAAGUGAGGACUCGGAGUCGGCCUCGGAGAGUGGGCGACGUGUUCGGGAUGUGGGAUCAGAGGCUGGUUAGACUGGCCCUGCUGCAGCAGCUUCGGGCUGUCUAUGGCAUUAAGGUCAAGGGUGGCCGUGGGCAGUGUGAUCGCAGGAGAAAUGAAACUGCCGCUACGGAAAUAAGGGGUAAGAUAUUUGGAGUUCCUUUUAAUUCAUUGCCUCAUUCAGUUGUUCCAGAGUAUGGAGACAUUCCAAGCUUUCUCGUUGAUGCAUGCACAGCGUUAGAAGAGCAUAUUCACACAGAAGGGCUUUUUAGGAAGUCGGGGUCUGUUAUUCGUCUAAAGGCGCUAAAGAGUAAACUGGACCAUGGUGAAGCCUGCCUGUCUUCUGCGCUUCCAUGUGAUGUUGCAGGUCUGCUUAAGCAGUUCUUCCGGGAACUGCCAGAGCCUGUCCUCCCAGCUGAUCUGCAGGAAGCGCUUUUCAAAGCUCAACAGUUAGGAGCAGAGGAGAAGAAUAAAGCUACAUUGUUGCUGUCAUGCCUUGUGGCAGACCCCACAGUGGCUAUAUUAAGAUACUUCUUUAACUUUCUCAAGAAGGUUUCUCUUAGGGCGAGUGAGAAUAAAAUGGAUAGCAGCAAUCUUGCAGUGAUAUUUGCGCCAAAUAUUCUUCAGACAAGUGAAGGCCAUGAGAAGAUGUCUGCCAACACAGAGAAAAAGCUUCGAUUGCAGGCAGCAGUAGUACAGACUCUUAUUGAUUGCGCAUCAGAUAUUGGACACGUGCCAGAUUUUAUCCUGGACAAGAUACCAGCCAUGUUAGGUAUUGAUGGCCUCUGUACUUCUCCACCCCUGGAAGGCUUUGAAGGAGACUAUGAAACUCCUGGUGAAUGUAAGAGAAAAAGAAGACAAAGUGUUGGAGAUUUUGUUAAUGGAGCCCUAAAUAAACUCAAAUCCAGCAAAACACCCUCUAUUACACCUCAACAAGAUAGAACUGCCCAGGCCUCUGUCUCACCACUGAUUCUCACACCAAGUGUUAAGCGUAAACUGCCAGGAGAGUCUUCUCACGCCUUCUCAAGUAAAAAAAGGAAGUCCAUCAAACACAACUUGAACUUUGAACUGUUGCCAAGUCAUAUCUUCAGCAAUUCUACACCAGUAUCAGUUCACUUUGAUACGAGCCCAGACGGGUCAUCUCAGAGUUCACUCUCACCUAUCACUGUGAGUGGAAACCACUUGACCAACACAGACGCAAGGCGAAGUAAGAGGAUUGCGAGCAAAAGAGUUUACAGGGUAGAAUCAGGAAAAGCAGGCUGCUUCUCUCCUAAAGUCAGUCGUAAAGAAAAGGUCCGAAGAUCUCUUCGUCUGAAGUUUAGCCUGGGGAAAAACAGAGAUUCCAAUGGAUGUUCUGUCAUCAAUAGAUAUGAAAAUGUUGGUCGACGACUAGCAAAUCAACAAAAUCUAAAAAAUAGGAUUGACUCUGUAAAAACAGGCCUGCUUUUUAGCCCAGAUAUUGAUGAAAGAUUGCUAAAGAAAGGCACAGAAAAGAUCAGCAAAUCUGAGGAACACUUACUAACUCCAGAUCAACUCGAUGGAGCAGGUUACCAGAUGUCUUGGACAGAACCCAGUAAUUCAAGUUUUCAAGAUGUGGGUGCAAAUGGAGCUUCUCCGAUAAUGAGAAAUCGUGAGGUGAAAAACUUCUCUUUGGAGCCUGAUACUACUGUUGAAAAAUCACCGGUUCUGUCAUGUGAGCUCAGGCCUUCCGCCUUCCAGAGCCAACCUGACAGCAGUGUGCUGGGAAGUUCUCUUAGCAGGGAUGAGGGUAACCUGACCUCCGAGACUUUGCAGAAGGUUCAGAAAGCAUUUUCUGAAUCUGGGAGUGAUCUGCAUACAAUGAUAAAUCACAGGCAGUUUUCAGUAACAAAUAUGGGGGAAGAAAGUGAAUCCAGUGAUGUGACUGCGAGAGAACCAGAGGGAAAUGAUGAGAGCUGUGCUGGUGAAGAUGAGAACUAUGUUUCAGAAAGAAAUUCCUCACUGGAUCAAAGUCCAAAAUUUGCUAGAGAAGCCAACAUGGAGCGUUACUCAACUCAGAUGACAGCAGAAUGUAAAGAAGACAUGCCCUCAGAAACAGCAAAAGCUGACUUAAUCCAGCCAGAACUCCUUGGUGAGGAGCAAACAGAGGAGCCACAGUUCCCAAGGAAGCAACCGACUCAUCAGCCACAGGAAAAUGAGAAUGAGGUGGAAGAGAGUGCAGCGGCAUGCAGAGCUGCCGGCGAAGACAAGGCUCAGCCUCUAAAGCAGAGUACGUGCAGUGUGAUGGACCUUUCAAAACCUCAGCCCCAGAGAUGUGCCAGGCAACGAUCACUGGUGAAAAAAUGUGAGAAUGAGGUUCCUGGAGGCUUACAAAUGACAGAGCAUGGGAGGGUUUCUGAUCACAUACAGUGGUUUAAUAAACUGUCUCUAAAUGAACCAAACAGAGCAAAAGUGAAAUCACCUCUUAAAUUUCAGCGUACACCUGUCCGUCAAUCUGUCAGAAGAAUUAAUUCUUUGUUGGAGCAUGACAGGCAUCCCGUGAGGCAGAGGUUGGCAAUCCCUGGUGACGCAGCUUCUCCUCUGGUAAAGUCAGUGAGCUGUGACAGUGCUCUUCCCUCUUGUGUAGAAAGCACAUCAAAACGUUCAUCUGUUUCAUGUACUAAGUCAGGUCCUGAUGCACAGAAGGCUACAUCGUGUGCAAAGUACAAUGAUGCACUCUCAAAAUCAAGUGCUGAGUUAACUUGUAAAGCUUUCACAAAAGUGAAGAGACAUCCAGAUCCUACUCCUGCUUCUCUUGGCACUACUAGACUCUGUAAACAGGAGAGCAAAUCUGAUGGCCAAACUAAGUUUCCCUUGGAUGAUCUCACUAAUCAUGAUAGAUUAAAAUUAGUUGUAAAUAACAAUGUGGUCUCUACACCUGGGAUAAAAAACAGAGUUCUUAGGAAACCAUCAGAAAAAGAAAGGGUCUGGUAUAAAGGUUCUCCCAAAAAUCCUAUUGGAAAGCCUCAACUGCUACCAACGAGUAAGCCUGUAGACUUGUAACUGUCAGAUGUGGUGCUUAUCAUCAGUGUAAAUAAAAUGAGCAGCUCGCAGGGUGGUUUGCAGGGUAAGCGCCUGCUAGCGUGUGCCGGGGAUGCUUGUCAAGCAGGUUCUUCCCAGAGCA